AUGACCGGAUUAGCAGUGUCUCCUGUAGGCAUGGCCGGAGGUCAGCGGAGACUUGCAUCCCGAAAAAAAGAAAAAGACUGGAACGAACGUACUCGCAGGCCAUCGACGGAUCAGACAUUUGUGCGGUUUCAAUUUCAGUCAGCAAGCCACAAACUCAACGAAGGAUCGCUGCACUCACCACCUGCGAACAGAUGGGCAACAUCUUCGCUCAGCAAGGCUCAAGCUCCAGCAGGAUCAAUGCAACUUGUGCGCUGCGAACAGUGGGCAAUGGUUUCGAUCGGUAUGGCUCAAGCUCGAAGGAUGAACAAAGCAUCCGCACGCUAUGAACGGCGGGCAAUGACUCCGAUUGCCUGUUUGAAAGGAUACACUAUCCCUUCCGGCGCAAUCGGUACCCAAUGGAAGUCUUACAUUCCUCUCUCCCACACCUCCCUCUACUCACACCCAUCGGCUUCACCCACAGUCGAACUUCUAAGUCCUGAUCGACAACUUCCCUGGCUCCUGCGUCGAAAGUUGAAACCCUCAUCCCGGGAUCCGACCUCGCUGCUCAUAUGGGCACCCCCACCUCCUAUCGCGAAUUCACCCCCCCCCUCUCCCCCUCCCUCCCUAUGCAGUGCCGAAGUUGAUCUGAUCGGUCUUAGCGCAAUGUCACCAUGGGACGAAGAAACUAUCGUGAAACAGCUGGCGUAG